CACUGUGGAUGAGUGGAGUUAGUUUUCUUGGUCCAUAGACGAUCUUUGUACUCACCUGUCGCUAGGAUACUUUGCCCUCCUCUGCUGCUCACUGAGUCACGCCAUUGGCGGCUGAGUGAUGGGGGAAGUGCUGCUCCUCUGGAAGUUGGUUACCUUCUGCCAGUAAAAAAGUCUCAAUCUGCGGCUCUAAAGCAAGAUUCGUUGCUAGUCGCUGGUGGAAGAGAGUGAAGUUAGCUAGGUUAACUUUGUGUUUAGGAGUCGCCUCCUCGUUCACCGUGAUGGAUUUCGGUGAGGAGUCGUCGUCUCCCGCUCUGGCUUUUGAGAAAGACGCGUUUGAGCUCACGGUUGAAGAUGUUUAUGACAUCUCGUACGUGAUCGGACGGGAUUUGUUGAAGAUUAGCAGCACGGGGGACGAAGUGUCGGACCUGCAGUUCAGGAUAGUCCGCGUUUUGGAAAUGUUUGAAACUCUGGUCAACAAGUACAACUUGUCUCUGGAGGAGAUGAAAAUGGAGCGGGACAACCUGAAGAGUGAACUGGACAGGAUCAUGAAGGAGAGUUCCUCCGGACAGAUCACGCAAACAGCGGGACCCAACCAGCUGGUGGUGGACCUGACAGACCCAAACAGGCCGCGGUUCACCAUGCAGGAGCUGAAGGAGGUUCUGCAGGAGAGGAACCAGCUGAAGGCUCAGCUCAUGGUGGCUCAGGAGGAGCUUCAGCUCUACAAGAGUGGGAUUCUGCCACAGGCUGAACCAGCCAUGGUGGAAGUAGAUCUGGAGACGCCAGCAGCGACGGAGCACAGUCCACUGCCAGCAAAUGAUGCAAAAGAAGAGAAGACGAGCAUAGGAAAACUGUUUUCAUUCAGGCGAAAAUAAGAAAAAACCCUUUCACAAGGAAACUGAUGAUGUAGAAGACAAACAGGAUUUGUCGGGACAAUUUUCUCAUCAGUCAACUCCUAUAUUGACUAUUUUUUACUAUGUGCAUUUCUCAAUCUAACAAGCGCUGUAUUUUUAACUGGUUAUUGUAGCCUAAAAAUGUUGUAUAAUAAUCAAGUUUGGUUCAAAUGUAUAUUUUGCAUAAAGGUUUGAUGAAGUUAUCAAAUUGAAACUGGAAAAGUAUUAUCUAGUUGCUGUUGGCAGUUACGGCGGAUGCAUUCACUUUUAAAUUAAGUUAUGGGUCUAUUUUUAGGCUUGAAAUUAAGUCUUCAUGUAAUUUAAAACACACCUCACUCUAUCGUCAAAGACCGGGAGAAGGGCCACAUCACAAAAUUAUGAUGAAAUCAUAAUAAUUGUGUUAUUCAAGUCCUAAACCAGACUCAUAAUUCAUGACUUCUCUCAGUAGAUAAGUUUUGAAUGGAUGAAGGGAGCACAGUAAAGAAGAUGGACAGAAUUGACUUUGAUUUAGUUUAGUCUAAUGCGUUCCAAAUCUAACUUAAUUAAAAACUAUACUAUGUUGUUGCAAAGAAGUCUACAGUAGUCAACUCAGCCCACUGGCACUUAGCUGAGGUAAUUUAAUAUUUGCCGUUCCACUACAUAAUGCAUGUCUUUAUAACUCUGGCACAAUAACAAUUAACAAUAUACUCUGUUAAUGAAAGUCA